AUGGCUAUUUAUGCUUUAAGAAGCUUAACAAUGGCCAGCCAAGAGGAAAUAUCCAGUGAUUCAAAAGGAAGCUUUAGCAGUUUUCUGGGAGGUAAAGAAAUCUUCUAAGCAGAAAGAUUUUUUUGGAAACAGAUUAUGAACCUUUCCUGACUUUGUUUGGUGAAAAUAAGUAUAUUCCAAUAAUGGCUUCUGGGAGAAUCCAAAGAUGGAUAUUAUAUUUAUCAGAGUUUGAUUAUCAUGUAGUACAUAGUAAAGGGAGAGAUAAUAAAGUAGUUGAUAGACUUUCGAAAUUACCCGAUAAAGAUAAUGUACAAUCUCAGACAAAUGAAAUAGAUUAUGUUGAUUUUAUGAAAUAUGUGAUGCCUGUUGAUUAUGAAUUAAUUAGUGAAAACUAA